AAAAUGAAUCAAAGACUUGGUGGUUAUGGGAGCAGACAGCUUGUAUUGUCAGAUCCUGGAUCAGUGCAUCGGUUGUUUGAUGUGGAGCUGCUGUUUCGAGCUCCAGCCCACACUUCUUCAGUCUGAGAUGACUAUAUUAGAAGUAUUUCCUUACUAUGACAUCACAGAGAUCUGGGAGAAGAAAAAACUGAGAUAAACUGUCAUACACUGAGCUCGGUGUUAGAAACUUUGGCCGUGUUUAACAGGAGGAGGGGAUGUGACAAGAAUGAGGAGACCGCGGCUGUUUGAACACUGAUCCCGCUGCCGUGUUUGAUCACACUCAACACAGCUGAUAGUGUUUGGUCUGCCCCUCAGCUCUCUGUUUAUUUAGUAUUUACUGUAUGAAUCAGAGCUGAUGGUGGUGAUGAUGGAGAGAAGAGAGCGGACGGGUUAGAGGAGGAGGGGCUGAUCCAUUCACUUUUCUCUCUAAUUAAAGCCUCAGAUAACUGGAGGCAGAGCGAGGAGCUGAAAGCUUCAGGAUCUCCUCCGGAUGAGAAGAGACAUGGAUCAGUCAACAUUGAGCCGAGACCGAGGAUGGAUAGAUGGCUAGAUAGAUAGCACCUGAAGAGGAAGGAGCUGAGAUGAUGCCAGACAAGCCUGAACUAAUCCUCUUCUGCCACAAAUAGCCUCAGCAGUUCAUCAUGGGGUUGAGUCAAACCUCAAGCAUCACCCCAGACAUCAGCUUGCUGGCGGCAGUUGUGGCGAGCAACCAUCUCAACACGUCAGGCACCUCGCACACCUCGACACUCCCUCUGCCUUCAUGCAGUAUCGAUGAAUCCUACAAAUAUGUCUUCCUACCCGUCUGCUACUCGCUGACCUUCCUUUUCAGCCUUACCCUCAACUCAGUGGUGCUCCUGCGCUCCUGCUGCCAUCAUGGACGUCGUUGGAACACUUCACUGAUCUAUAUGGUGAACUUGGCCACCACUGACCUGAUGUACGGCCUGUCUCUGCCCUUCCUGGUGGCAAGCUAUGUGCUGAGGGACUGCUGGGUGUUUGGGGACUUCAUGUGCCGCCUCGUACGCUUCCUGUUCUACUUCAAUCUCUACUGCUCCAUCUUCUUCCUUACCUGCAUCUCUGUGCACAGGUAUCUGGGGAUCUGUCAUCCAAUGAGGACCAUCACACUGGAAAGUAAGCGGGUGGUGAAGGGGAUCUGCGCAUUAGUUUGGGUGGUGGUCUUCAUUCUCACCUGCCCCAUCUUCAGGUUCGCCCAGACCGGAUACGUUAGGCGCAGAGCUGGUGAGGCUGUUGAGCCUGGAGAAGGGAGCGAUUAUGGGAACAGAACUGGAGACCAGGUCGGCGAGGAGUACAUAAACUGCUGGGAUGAUGCCAUAGAUAAGGAGUUUGCAGACUACGUCCCAUAUGGCAUUGUUCUCCACCUUCUAGGUUUCUUUGUGCCCUUUGUCAUCAUUGCCUGGUGCUACUCCCACGUGGUCCGGACAAUAUUUCAGACCCUGCGCUCUCCUCCCAGUUCAAUAGAGGGUGGCGAGGAUGGACCAGUGGGUGACGGGUCUGUGGAAGGAGUUCGAGGGCGCGAGAGAACCUCCGUCUCUAUUUCUGGCUCACAGUACUCACACUACAUCCGCCGGCGGCGGAAAUCCAUUAAAACCAUUGUCACUAUCACACUGCUGUUUGCACUCUGCUUCCUACCCUUCCAUGUGACUCGCACGCUCUUCCUGCUCCUGCGGCGGGGACAGCUUGGCGGCUGCAAUGCCAUGAAGACCGUCUCCAUCUGCUACAAGGUCACCAGACCUUUGGCCUCCUGCAACGCAUGGCUCAAUGCUCUGCUCUACUUCCUCACGGGCGAUAAAGGUGGCCCCAGCUGCUGGCCAGCCGAACGCACCAUCCAUCGAGACCGCCGGAACGGCUCCCUCUGGUGGCCGCUGAAGAUCCUCAAAAGAGAUGGAGUGGGAGAAGACGAUCACGAGGUGGCCGAGAGGGUUGAAAGGGAGGUGCACAUAGAGAACGAGUCCAAGUCCUCCAGAGUUAUCUUCUAGGAUGCCAUAGAUCCUCAGUGGGUUACAGGCCAUGUGGGAUUGCUGUUUUUGAUUUGAGGAUGUCUACAGACUCCUCAAUGCACCACACAUGGCAUCGGUAAUUUCUUAAGAAGAAGCAUUUCCAACUUGUUAAAGCAUACGAAAAAACUGCAGCGAUACCUGGCCAGACGUUGUUACCAGUCAGUCUGAACACUGGAAUUGUUUGUAAAAAUGAAAACAGUGACAAACUGAUGGAGGAGAUGGUGUCUAUUUCAAAUAUUCUGUAACUGAAUUGUAAACAAAGCUGUCAAAUUGUUAAGUCCCAACAACAGAAACUCUGAUAUAUUUAUUCUUAAUUUAGUGAUUUGAGCUCCUGAUGAUUUCAUGACCAGCAGCAAAGUGAGCUUGGUUCCUCCCCACUGUUGCCAAGUGGUGCUUAUAUGGGAUGAUCUGAUUGUUGAGGUCCUUUCUUUAAAAUAGUAGGCUAUUUACCUUAAGUGCAUUAAGAGGAGCUUUUCCAUGUUGAUUUGCCCGUUGAUACUCUCAGUAUGGAUGAUUCUGAAAUGAUUAGCUACCUGCAUUAAUCUGUUUUUAUUUAUUGUAUUUAUUUCUUUGACUCGCAGGCAGCCGCUCUCGAGCCCUGUAGUGGCUUUCACAAAGCAGAAACAUUUCACUUCACACAGGAGGGAGGGACAAUUUUUUGCUUUUAACGAAUAAAUCAAGAAUUUCAACAAUUCACAGCUGUAUCGUCAAAGCUUGAAGGGAGGGCGGCUCGCGCCUUUCUCCUUCCGCCUUCCUUCGACAGUCCAAACACAUGUAUGCCUGGCUGUCUCAUUGUGCUACACCUGCCCAGGUGCAUGUCACCUUUGACAGCUGGGAUAGGGUUGUGACCACAGCGGCGCUGCUUUGGAUAAGUAGAAAAAAACAGAUGGAUGGGUUUGCAAUGUUGAAAAUACAUAUGAAUCCUUUUUUAUGUACUUUAAUCUCUCAGAAAAAAGGCAGAGAAGAAAAAUAUUUGUACAUGAAUCCAGUGAAGGCCAAAUUUGAUUAAAGCUGCAUGUUAAAUAUCUGUGAAAUAUGUUGAAAUUUAAACAAUAAGCAUACAGAUCACAAGGACACGGAGUCCUGACCAAUCAGUAGAAACUGCUGUGUCCGUUUUAGUCAGUUUAGAAACACACUGUGUUUUCAGCACUGAGUUAUUAACAUUUUAAAGUGACCAUUAUGAUUUUAUGCUGUGAGGACUUUUGCACCUGCUGACUGCAGCCGUGCCGGCCCGGCUGUUUGGAUGGAUCUCCUUCAGAGGCACGCGCUGCAGCUUCCUGUCAUGUUGUUGUCCAGCCUGGGUCACUCUGUGAUAUCACACCUCAUUUCUUUGAUGUGUUUGUGGGACUUUGUCUGGAUUAAAGUGGGUUGUUGAACUCA